AUGGCUACCAGUCUUCCUCAGGCAGAUCUGCCCGCGCAGGCCGAACCAAAAUCUCACAACACCACAUUGAAUGAUCAGUCAAAAGAUCUCACGACCGAGGAUGUCGAAAAACAAACGACAAAUGUUUCUGAGGAGUCUAUGACCAAGCAAUCAACCUUCAAAAGCCUUGGCUGGCUAGAUCGUUUCCUGGCCGUAUGGAUCUUCCUUGCCAUGGCCAUCGGCAUCAUACUGGGAAAUUUUGUCCAGAAUACAGGGCCCGCCCUUCAGAAGGGAAAAUUCGUCGGGGUGUCCAUUCCAAUCGCUCUCGGUCUCUUGGUCAUGAUGUAUCCUAUUCUUUGCAAAGUGCGCUACGAAUCUUUACACCACGUCUUCCGAGAGCGUGCUAUCUGGGUCCAAAUAGCAUUCAGUGUCUUUGUUAAUUGGAUCAUUGCGCCUCUCUUGAUGCUCGGACUGGCAUGGGCUUUCCUACCGGAUGAACCGGAGCUUCGAGAAGGUCUGAUCUUAGUUGGUCUGGCCAGAUGCAUUGCUAUGGUUCUCAUAUGGACUGGUCUCGCUGGAGGCGACAAUGAAUACUGCGCUAUCCUUGUUGCGGUUAACUCACUGCUUCAAAUGGUGCUCUACGCCCCCUUGGCUAUUUUGUUUAUCAAGGUCAUCAGUCAAUCUAGUGGCCAAGUUACACUAUCUUACGCCACCGCAGCCAAAAGCGUGGCAGCUUUCCUUGGUAUCCCGCUGGGCGCUGCAAUUAUCACCCGCAUGACCCUCCGAAAAAUUGCCGGCCCACGUUGGUACGAAGAGGUUUUCCUGAAGUGGGCUGGCCCAUGGUCACUCAUUGGGCUCCUUUUUACGAUUUUGGUGUUAUUCGCAUCCCAGGGUCGACAAGUGGUCCAUCAAAUUGUAUCAGUGAUCCGAGUCUCCGCCCCGCUUAUUGUUUAUUUCAUCAUUGUCUUCUUUGUGACCCUUCUUGUUACUUACAAGCUCGGAUUUGGUUACAAGCUGGCUGCCACUCAAAGUUUCACCGCUGCCAGCAAUAAUUUCGAGCUUGCGAUUGCUGUCGCUGUGGCAACGUUUGGGGCCGACAGCAACCAGGCGCUUGCUGCCACUGUCGGGCCGUUGAUUGAGGUUCCGGUACUGCUUGGCCUUGUUUAUGUUGUCAAGUUUAUAGCCAAGCGAGCUGGUUGGACGGACUAA